AACUUUGCCGUGCGACAAAGCAAGGUUCUUUUCGCCAUCCUUCGACGGAAUCCCAAUGCACUACGAAGAGUAUAAAUACCCCAAGCGAGAGACGAUAUUCCCCGCAACUCAAUCGUCGACCAGAAUACCCUCUUGACUUCGAAGAAGAAACCCCGCCGCAAAUGCGUUCUUUCACCUUCCUCACCGCCGUCCUCGGAGCGGCCGCCGUCCAAGCGCAGAAUCUGUCGGUCCUCUUCGACCCCUCCGUCUCCCAACCCUGCCAAGACGCCGUAACCACCCAAAUAACCAACGUCCAAGCCCUCAUCAUCCCCUGCGGCCUCAUUAACACCGCCGCAAUCCUCAUCGGCAGCGGCGGCAAGUUCGACAACAAAACCCUCAGCAAUGCAAUCGACAGCUCCCUCAACCCAAAGAGCCUCGACGCUAUUUGCUCCGACACCUGCACGGCCGCCAUCAACAACUUCGGCACCGUCGUCGCGGGACCAUGUGCGAACCAGAAACCGCUGUUGAGCCCGUCUAUCACGGGCGCGGCGGACGCGGACACGCAGGCGUUGUUGAAGAAUCUGGGUGCGGCGGAUAUCUCGCCGAUUUUGAACUACCUGCGGAAGACGGCGUGCGUGAAGAACGGCGCGACCUACUGUGCGGCGGAUGAGCAUGACGCCGCGCAGAGGGGAAUGGCUGUGGAUGCUUGCACGCCGUGUGCGAAGGCCCAGUAUGAUGCUUCGGUGGAUACCUCUUCGUUGCCGGCGUAUGCGAAGCCAACUGUGGAUGGAGAGGUGGCAAAGGUGAAGACGCAGCUGGAUGCGUGCCCGGCUGAUAAGCUUUCGAACUCUACGACUACCCCAAAGACAUCUGGUGCUAUUGCGAUCGCGGGUCGCAACACUGUGAUGUUGAUACCUGUGGUGGCCUCUGCUCUCAUGAUUUGAGGGUCUGGAAAGGCAUCAUUUUUGUUGUCGGAUGGUAGUUCGGCAAAUGUCAUUCCAAGCCCUGUUUACUCACAUGUAUCAUAGACAUAGAGAUCUCGUCGAGAAUUCUGUAUUUACU